AUGGGUGGGGUGACAUCGUCCAUGGUGGCUAAGUCCGCCUUUUUCACACCGAACCCACCUUCCUACAAGUUUAUCACAGACGACCAUACCGGCCUCCUGCUUCUCAGCCCCUUCCCUCACCGGGAAAAUGUGGAGGUUCUGAAACUGUCGACCCUCCAUGGCAUUGAGGUUGUGGCCAUCCACAUUCACCACCCUUUGGCCAUUUCCACACUGCUCUACUCACACGGCAACGCCGCCGAUCUAGGCCAUAUGUACGAGCUCUUCAUCGAAUUGAGCAUCCACCUGCACGUCAAUCUCAUGGGGUACGACUAUUCGGGGUAUGUGCAAUCAACUGGAAAGGCAAGUAAGGAGAAUACAUAUGCAGAUAUUGAAGCUGCAUAUAAGUGUCUUGAAAAAUGCCAUAAUAUCAAAGUUCUUUCACGUCCCCCAAGGUUUUCUUCACUGAUUCCAUCACUGAAUCUGAGAAAUAAAAGAGAAAAUAAACUUAGAGGGUGUGAGGGUGGCAGAUCUAGACAGCAAAAAUUCCAAGUUCGGAGAUUUCUCUCGCAUGAGCUCAAGCAGCUCAUCCGCAACGUCCGGCGAUGGAGCACACAAAACUCGAAGGAGAGGAAAUGUUGGAGCACUCAGUGUCUGGGUCCUUCUCUUUUCCAUUAUUGUCAGAACCCUCUCAAUAUUGUGGAAUAUUUUGACAGACACAAUCGGGGAGGAACGUGCGAGAGGAAUAUUUUUUACCAUACUUUCUUGGUCUCUGGUACUUUGAGAUAUCAUCUGAAGCUUUACCCAGCAACCAUGUGA